AUGGCAUCUUCAUCAUAUGAUUAUUUUACUGAUACAUCGAAUACACUUAAUAAUAAAUCUGAUGUUAUUUUAAUAGUUGGACAAGAAAGAUUUUAUUGUCAUCGAUUAUUAUUAUCUUUAGUUUCACCUGUAUUUGCACGAAUGUUUGAUGGACAAUUUCAAGAACAUGAUACUCGUGAAAUUAUUUUAGAAGGAAAAAAAAGUGAAAGUAUAUUAGCAUUAUUAACAUAUAUUUAUCCACAAUUUAAUAGAGAAAUUACUGAUAAUAAUAUUGAAGAUUUUCUUUUAUUAGCUGAUGAAUAUAUGAUCGAACAUCUUAAACAACCUUGUAAAGAUGCUUUAAUUAAACAACUUCAAUCAUUUAAAUUUGUUCUACUUCCAACAGAACAUAAACUUCAACAGCAAUCAAAAAGUUUUCAUACAAGUACUCCAACACCUGAUUCUUCUCAACAUCAUCAUGACGAAUCAUUAAAUCAUCUUCAUACAGAUCGUACUAAUCCAUCACAUAGACCAACUCCAACUACUCGACAUUCUUCAACAAAAUUACCAUCAACUUAUUCUAAAACCAAUGAUAAAAAUAAUUCAACAUCAAAUUCUCAACCUCGUUAUGUACUCUUUCUUGAUAAAACUCAAAUACCGAAAUUUUAUAAUACACAAAAUAUACAUAUACCAUUUACUACUAAUGACCUUGAAUUAUGGUUUCGUCGUUUGCGUAUUCUCUAUCAAGUUGAUAAAGGACGAUAUUAUAUUGAAGUUAUUGAUCAUAUUUUAAGUAUUCUUCAAUUUAUACCAUCGAAUUUACUUUGUACUGCGACACAUAUUACAAAAGAUACUUAUUCAAUCGAUGAAAUUAUACUUAAUGAUAUAGCUCGUGCAAGAAUGUAUAUGCUUGAAGAAUGGACUACUGAUGGUGAUCCACAUCGAUUGAUUAAUUUAUCUGAAUCCUAUCGAAUCCUAUCACCUAAAGUUUUAGCUACUGAUGCUCAACAAUCAAUAAUUUUAUCAAAUGGUGACGAAAAUCCUUCACAAGAAACUAUACUCACAUCACCUAAUUCAGAAGCAACUGCUUAUAGUUUUCAAUUUACUCUUGAUUCCGAUUGA